AUGACAGACGCUUCCAACGGCACCAACGGCCACCUCAAGCCGUCGGCCCUCCCACCCGCGAUGCGCGAUGCCAAGAACUGGGAAGACCAGGACAAGCUCUCGGACUACAUCCCCGUCUCGGCUGACCUCAGUCGUGCGCCCACAGCCUCCGCUUCCGUCUCUCGAGCCCAGACACCCCCCAACAAGCGUGCCGUCGACUCGGACGACGAAGACGCUGACCAGCUCGACGAUGACGGUGACGUCUCCAUGUCUUCGCCCUCCAAGACGCCUCGCCAGCUCGAAAAGGAGCGCGAAAAGAAUGAGCGUGCUGCGGCACGCAAGCAGGAACGAGCCGUCAAGGCGGCGCAGAACGAGACGCUCGACAGCAAGCGCGAGGAGAUGGCCAAGUCCAAGCUCGCCGACAGCAUGAAGCGAUUCUCGUACUUGCUCGGCCAGACGGAGCUCUUCCAGCACUUUAUCGACAUCAAGAAGGAGCGCGAUGAAGAAUUUGCCAAGAUGCUUGAGGAGUCGCAGCAGGCGAGCUCGAAGAAGUCCAAGAAGGGCGGGGACAACCGUCGCAGAAAGACGGAGAAGGAGGAGGACGAGGAGCUGCUCAAGGAUGGAGACGAGGAGGAGAGCUUCGUGUUCAACGAGUCGCCGGCGUACGUCAAGGGCGGCAAGAUGCGCGACUACCAGGUGCAGGGUCUCAACUGGAUGAUCUCGUUGUACCACAAUGGUAUCAACGGUAUCCUUGCCGAUGAGAUGGGGCUGGGCAAGACGCUGCAGACCAUCUCGUUCCUCGGCUACCUCCGCGACUUCCGCGACACCCCCGGUUUCCAUCUCGUCGUAGUACCCAAGUCGACGCUCGACAACUGGUACCGCGAGUUCCAGCGCUGGGUGCCCGGCUUCAACGUCGUCACCCUCAAGGGCUCGAAGGAGGAACGCGAGAACGUCAUCCAGAACCACCUCCUCCCGCAAGACUUUGACGUGCUCAUCACGACCUACGAGAUGUGCCUUCGCGAGAAGAGCGCGCUCAAGAAGCUCUCGUGGGAGUACAUUGUCAUCGACGAGGCGCACCGUAUCAAGAACGUCGACUCGAUGCUCUCGCAGAUCGUCCGCGCAUUCAAUUCGCGCUCGCGUCUGCUCAUCACCGGCACGCCGCUGCAGAACAACCUGAUGGAGCUGUGGUCGUUGCUCAACUUCCUGCUUCCCGACGUGUUCAGCAACUCGGAGGACUUCGAGUCGUGGUUCAAGGGCAAAGGCGACGAGAACCAGGACCAGGUGGUGCAGCAGCUGCACAAGGUGCUUCGACCCUUCCUGCUGCGUCGCGUCAAGGCGGAUGUGGAAAAGUCGCUUCUGCCCAAGAAGGAGAUCAACCUCUUCGUCGGCUUGACCGAGAUGCAGCGCAAGUGGUACAAGAGCAUCCUCGAGAAGGACAUUGACGCGGUCAACGGCGGUGCGGGCAAGAAGGAGGGCAAGACGCGGCUGCUCAACAUUGUCAUGCAGCUGCGCAAGUGCUGUAAUCACCCGUACCUGUUCGACGGUGCCGAGCCAGGACCGCCUUUCACCACGGACGAGCAUCUCGUCGACAACGCGGGCAAGAUGCUGGUCUUGGACAAGAUGUUGCGCAAGAUGAAGGAGAAGGGCUCUCGAGUCCUGAUUUUCAGUCAAAUGAGUCGAAUGCUCGACAUCCUCGAAGACUACUGUCUUUUCCGCGAGUACAAGUACUGUCGAAUCGACGGUGGUACCGCGCACGAGGACCGGAUCGCCGCCAUCGACGAGUACAACAAGCCGGGCAGCGAAAAGUUCAUCUUCCUGCUCACCACGCGCGCCGGUGGACUCGGUAUCAACCUCACCACGGCCGACAUUGUCGUCCUGUUCGAUUCGGACUGGAACCCGCAGGCCGAUCUGCAGGCGAUGGACCGCGCGCACCGCAUCGGUCAAACCAAGCAGGUGUACGUCUUCCGGUUCGUCACUGAGCAUGCGAUCGAGGAGCGCAUCCUCGACCGUGCCGCUCAAAAGCUUCGUCUCGACCAGCUGGUCAUCCAGCAGGGCCGGGCCCAGCAAGCCGCCAAAGCCGCCCAGUCCAAGGAUGACCUGGUGGAUAUGAUCCAGCACGGCGCCGAAAAGAUCAUCUCGGCCAAAGAGGACAUGUCGAUCAACGACGACAUUGACGACAUCAUCUCGCGCGGUGAAGAACGCACCCAAGCCAUCCAGGCCAAGUACCAAGGUCUCAAUCUCGACGAUCUGAACAACUUCAAAUCCGACACAGUGUACAACUGGGAGGGGAACGACUUUUCAGAGCGGAAACCCAUUGGUCAGCUGUGGAUCGAGCCGAGCAAGCGUGAGCGCAAGGCGAACUACAGUAUCGAUAAUUAUUAUCGCGAUGCGAUGCGGGUUGGACCGAAGCCUGCGGCGCCCAAGGCACCGAGGGCGCCCAAGCAGAUUAACAUCAACGAUUUCCAGUUCUACCCGGCCCGGUUGGCGGAGCUGCAGGAGCGCGAGACGGCGGCGUACCAGCGGUCGAUUGGCUACCGCGUCCCUGCCAACCCGUCUGACGGGCAGACGGCGGACGAGGCCGAGGAGGAGCGCAAACGCGAGCAGGAGCUCAUCGACACCGCCGAGGCUCUGACCGAGGAGGAGGUCGAGGAGAAAGAGCAGCUAGCCAGCGAGGGUUUCGGCAACUGGAAUCGACGCGAGUUCCAAAUCUUCGUCCGUGGAUGCGAGCGCUACGGUCGCAAAGCCUUCGCUCUCAUCGCCGCCGACAUGCCGGACCUGUCGAAGACCGAAAAGGAAGUGCGGGAGUACUCGCGCGUGUUCUGGGAUCGAAUCGACGAGCUGACCGACUCGGCCAAGCUGGUAGCCCGGAUCGAGGAGGGCGAAUCCAAACUCGCCAAGCAGCAACACCAGGAGAGCGUGCUCAAACGCAAAGUGGAUAUGUACCGUCAACCGCUGCUGCAGCUCAAGAUGCACUACGGCCAGAACAAGGGCAAGAGCUACAGUGAGGAGGAGGAUCGAUUCCUGCUAGUCAAGCUGGCCGAGUACGGGUUGGGUGAGGGGGAUACGUACGAUCGGAUCAAGAAGGAUGUGAUGCUCUGGCAUGGGUUCAGGUUUGAUUGGUUUAUCAAGAGUAGGACGCCGCAGGAGCUGCAGAGGAGGUGCAAUACGUUGUUGUUGUUGGUGCUCAAGGAGAUGGAGGAGGAAGAUAGUAAGGGUGGGGGGAAGAAGAGGAAGGCGUUGGAUACGGGUAGCAAUGCCGGGAGCAGCAGGGCGGGUACGCCGACUGUGGGAGCGAGUAAGAAGAAGAAGAAGUGA